AUGCCCGGUCCCAGUGCUCGUAUGGUAGCCGUGCGGGAGCUGGCUGGUUGCCAUUCCUCCUGGCUGCAGAGAGCCAUGCGGGGUUCCCAAAAUACCUUACUGCUGCUGGCAGGGGGGCAAGCAUGGAAAUGGAAUCGAUGUGUUCAACCUUCAUUGUCUGGCCAGCGUAGCUCACAGAACCGCAAGCUCCAUUUUUACUGCGGACAAUUGCAGGCACCAAAAGUGGGAAUCACUGUUGGUAGAAAGUGCAGGCUUUAUGGGUUUCCCCUUUGCCAUUUUGAUCUAGAUGACAUCAUAAAACGCCACAGGAAGGAGCAAACAGAUGCCAGUGCUGCGGGGGACAGGCGAAGGCAGCAGGUCAAGAACAGGAAUUCGGCAUACGGGUAUGGGCGGCCCCGUUUCCGCACCUGGAUGCAGAGGAAUUUGCAAGGACCCUACCGUUUUAAAAGAGGGUUUGGACAACAACAAUACAACCGGAGACAAUUCAGGAAUACUGUGCCUGGUCCCAGGAGAAGAGCAGCUGCCGCAUUAAAUGGAGUGAGCCCUUUAAAUCGCCAGGCAUCGGCUCAGGAGGGCAACAAGAACAGCGAUGCUUUCGACAAAAGCAGCAGCAGCGGGCAGCCGGAGGGACGGCGACGGCCACCCCCAGGCCCCAAGAGAUUCAGAGCAGCGGCUGCCAGCACCCACGCCCCGGGGAGAAGGUAAAAAUUUUUGAUAACUCUGGGCUUUUUUGGUUUUCAGCAAUUCCCUGUGCAGCUCCUGGGGCUCUGCUCUCGGUCUGUGCCAGCUGGGAGUGGCCACAGCCAUGUGCUCAUGCAACGUGAGAAAAAUACCCCAGGUAUGUUAGAAAAGCACUUGGAAAUAAAACAACCUCAUGCUGAUAGUUAAUAAUUCAGGUAUUAGAUCUGUCAUUUUAUUUUAGAAAGCACAGAAAAUGUGACCUUUGUGCUUUUAUUAAACUUUUCCUCUGUCACUUUGGGGAGAACUUUUGAAGAGUGAUAGAGCAUUUAUUUUCGUAAAGGCAGGACACACGGAUUCCAGCUGUAAGGGGUAGGCAGGGAGAGGGCCUCUGUCCCUGCGAGGGGCUGCAGGAGCAGACGCUGUGCCCCCGCAGCCGUGGCGAGGGCAGGCUGCCAGGCGCGGGGCACAGGCUUGGUGCCUGUCUCACUGUGGUCCUUCUGUUCUCCGAGCUCUGCUGCAGUCCCGUCUUUCUCGGCUCUGAGUAGAGCAGGGACUGAAUGACCUCCAGAGGUCCCUUCUGACCAGAUUUUUCUCUAUGAUUUUCUUCCGUGAUUUUUUUUUUUUUUUUUUUAAUAAGCAGCGUUCAGAACA